AUGGCGAUGGUGAUGGUGGUGAUGGUGGAUAUGGUGGACAUGGUGGAGGUGGUGAUGGACACGGAGGUUUUGAACACUGCCAUUCUCACGGGAAAGCCUGUCUCGGUCCCUGUCAAAGUCGUGGGGGUUCAAGAGGACGGUUCCGUAGUGGAUGUGUCAGAGGCUGUGGAGUGCAGGUCAGCCGAUGAGAACAUCGUGAAGGACGCUUACUCUGUUGUGGUCUGUUUGUGUUCAGGCCCACCCGGGAGAGUGAAGGAGGACGAGGAGAAGAAGGGACGAGGCUUCUCCCUGCAGUACCAGCAUGCCCUGGUGUGUGUCCUCACCCAGUUUGUGACUGAGUCAUCUGACUUGGGUCAGCUGACCUACAUGUUGGGCCCAGACUGGCAGUUUGACAUCACUGACCUUGUGACAGAGUUCAUGAAAGUGGAGGAGCCCAGAGUUGCCCAGUUACAGGAUGGCAGGACCCUGGUUGGUCGGGAGCCGGGAAUCACCACUGUUCAGGUCCUCUCACCUCUCUCUGACUCCAUCCUGGCUGAGAAGACAGUGAUUGUCCUGGAUGACCGCGUCACCAUUGUGGAGCUGGGCGUUCAGCUGGUGGCUGGCUUGUCCCUCUCCCUGCAGCCUCACAGGGUGGACCGAAGGGUCAUCAUCUCCAUAGUGGCUGCCCAGGAUGUCUUCCAGGCCCCACAGUAGGAAGCCAUAGUCAGUUCUUGGAUUUUGUUCAGUGAUGGCUCCGUGACACCUUUAGACAUUUAUGAUUCCAAAGAUUUUUCCAUAACUGUCUCAUCAUUGGAUGAAAUGGUGGUGUCUGUCCAGCCAAACUUGCAGUCCCAGUGGCCGGUUGUGGUUGCAGAGGGCGAAGGACAAGGGCCCCUGAUAAAGUUGGAGAUGAUGAUCAGUGAGCCUUGCCAGAAGACCAAGAGGAAGAGUGUUCUUGCUGUGGGUAAAGGAAGCGUCAAGGUCAGGUUUGCACCAGGCAUGAAGGAGGAACACCGAGGAGGCAGCAAUGACAUUGAGGGUGUGAACUGGGAAUACAAAGAUCACCUGAGCAACUCCAUAGAGUGGGAAUGGAGCCAGGAGCGAGUAGCCCAGGAGUGGCUCCAGUGUGGGGGCCCUGCUGGCCCAGAGGACAGGACCAACAGGAGCACAACCCUGCUGCUGCCUGGGGAGGGGAAGGAUAAGAAGCUACUCAAGAGUGGUGGUGCAGAUGCCUUCACCAGCUUCCCCACCCAGGGGAAGUUUCCAGAAUCCAGUAACCAGGACCUUACAGUGGCCUCCAGGGGCUUGACAGACUUGGAGAUCGGCAUGUACGCCCUGCUCUGCAUCUUCUGCCUGUCCAUCCUGGUCUUCCUUAUCAACUGCGUGGCGUUUGCCUGGAAGUACAGACACAAAAGGCUUGUGGUGAGCGAGCAGGGCAACAUACCCCACUCCCAUGACUGGGUCUGGCUUGGGAAUGAGGUGGAGCUUUUGGAGAACCCAGUGGACAUCACGCUCCCCUCAGAGGAGUGCACGACCAUGAUAGACAGGGGGCUGCAGAUUCAGAAACAACAGAAGUGUGUUUCUCAGAGCUUUGGAGGCUGGAAGUCUGAGGUCAAGGCCAUGGCAGAUUUGGUGUCAGAAUUCCUCCUCCUGAUGCCACCAUCAGAGGAAUGA